GAAAAAUGUCAAAAAGGGUGUUCUUGUUUUGGAAAAAAGGGACUGCAAAGCGAACAAGUGAAAAUUGAAAAUUCGCCCGUGUUCUAGUCCGUGUGUGUCUGCUGGUGGAAAAUGAUUGCGUAAAGUUUUUCCAUCGCGAGAAUAAGUUCUCUCCGUUUGCGUGACCGUGGUCGGGAGUUUUGUGCGCGUAGUUGCGUUGCUGUUCCCGUUCGUUUUUCGUUUUCCCAUAAAUUAUCUCACCAGUGUCGCUCGGACUCGGAUACUCGUGAUGUCGUUUUCCUUUAAUCCUCUAGGGCCGGGGCUGCAUCCGAUGCACCCACUCCUAUCGGGUGCAGGUGGUUUUCUUACCGCACAACAAUUGGGCGCACCACCAACACCCACCAAUGCUGCCCUCAUAGCAGGAAUAAACAAUAAACCGCUUGAGUUUAAAAUGAAACCCAUGCAGAACGGGUCCGGAGCGGCACCGAUGGAGCUGGAAACGGUAGCCGAGCACGAAUCGCUCAAGGACGGUGGUAAUGCGUUGGCCGCGAUGGAAAAAGCACGCGAAGACAGCAUCAACAAGAAGAUGCUGGAAGAGCUGCACAAACAGCACCAGAACCAGCUGCAGCAUGCAAACGGCGGUGAGCUCGUGUUCAAUCAGCUGCUACAGCAACAUCAGUCUCCACACCACGGGUUCAUGAUGAUGCCCGGCGUCAUGAACAUGGUGGACGGUUCCUCCCUCAUUAGCAUGCAACCCUUCCCGAUGAUGGCACCGAGCGCCGAACUAACCGGCGCAAUGAACGGAACCGCAAACCAGACGGGCUCGCUUGCCGCUAAUGCUGCCGGCAGCGCUGUCACCGGUUCCGGGAACGUGGAAAAACCGGCAACCGCUAAGGAAAUAAUUUACUGCAAAAGCUGCACCCUAUUUCCGCCCAAUCCGAACGCACCGACACCGAAAACGAUCGAACGGCCACCCGGAUGCAGGACGGUGUUCGUCGGCGGGCUUCCGACCGGCAUGACCGAGGAGGUAAUGCGUGAAAUCUUUGAACGGUGCGGUGAAAUCACUACCCUGCGGCUGUCGAAGAAAAACUUCUGCCACAUCCGGUACGUGUACGAAGCGUCCGUCGAUUCGGCCAUCUAUCUGUCCGGCUAUCGGGUAAAGAUUGGGAGCAAUUUCAACUACGGUGGUGGUGGGGGUGGUGGUGGCGGUGGAGGUGGCGGUACGGAAGCAAAGGAACCACCCAUCUUCGGAGUGCUGCACGUGGACUACGCACAGGCCCGUGACGAUCAGUACGAGUACGAGUGUAAGCAGCGCAAGCUGCAGCGCGAAAAGCGACACCGUGAACGGCUGGAGGAGGAUCGCUUUCGAUCCCUUUCGCCACAACCGGUGGUUCACUACACGGAGCACGAGGCCGGUUCGGUGGCGGAACGGCUCAAGAACGACGAAACGUUCGCCAAAGCCGUCCAGACGCUGGUGACCUGGCUCGAACGGGGUGACUGCAGCAAGAAGAACGCCAACAACUUCUACUCGAUGAUCCAGAGCACCAACUCGCACGUCCGGCGGUUGCUGAACGAGAAAGGCGUGUGCGACGAGGAGCUGAAGCGGGCCCGGGAGCAGUACCGGCGGCAGACGAAGGGCAUGCUAGCACAGUUCAGUCAGAUUGAAAAAGUUUUCAAUGCGGCCAGUCACAAGAAGGUUUGGGAUCAUUUUACUAAAGCCCAAAGAAAAAACAUCGAUGCGUGGAAGAAGCAGUCACUGGACAUAAAAUGUGUGCAGCUGGAGGAUUUUCCCGAUGAGGAUGGGAUGGAUAUGUCCGACGACGAGCAUUCGGUCUCAUCGUUACCGUGCAAAAAGUCUCGCUGGGAGCAGGAUCAUAAGGAUCACGCUGUCGAUGCGGAGCGGGGAGGCUCGGACACUGGCGAACCUCACCACCACCACAACACAGCACACGACAGUGAGCUCAAGAUGAAGAUCCUGCACAUUGAGGUGCUGCAGGAAACGAUUCGCAACCUGCAAACACAGCUGCUCGAAAACAAAGCCAAGGAAACGGAACGUCAGGCCCGUAUCUGCGAGCUCGAGGACGAGCUGAAGGAUGCGAACGUGAAGCAGCUACUGCUCAAGACGAAAAUUGCCACCACGAAGGCAGCCGCGUCCUGUGCGGCGAGCGUAGCCUCAUCCGGCAAGGGUGGCGACUCGGAGAGUGAGGAGUGUGCCACGCUGAACGUUGCACCGGACACCGGUCCAGGCGGUGGGACCGUCGCACCGGCUCCACCGGAAAUGGUGUGCAAAGCAACGGCCACUACCGAAACUGGCUGUGAGAGUGAGGUGGCGGUGGUGGUUGGUGAACCGGCGACCUCCACCAUCGGACCGAACGAGCGGGAAGCCAAAAUACUUGCCUUCGCCUCAACGUUUCUUAUGAUCAACCCGCUCGGUGUGCCGUUCGAGCAGGUCUGGGCGUACGUCGGCCGGUACGUGAACGAGAUGAAACCAAAGGAGCUGGAAGAGGUGUUUGCACGCUACCAGCAGCUAUUCGAACGAUGCAGCACACCGGUUGGCGGUGGUGCUGCGGCUGAUCAGCUGAACAGCAGCGUGGUGCCGCCGCCGCCGCCUAGCAGCGGCAUCAAGUCUAGUCCUUGGUACAGAUUUAUUGCCCACAAAUCACCCGUCACGUAAGUACGUCGAGCCGGAAAGGUAAAAGGGGAAGAAAGAUCAAGUCUCACUCACAAUAACGAUCGCUUUAAAAGCCGACCGAGCAAACAAACAAAAAGAAAUGGCCGAAAAUUGCUUCUCUGUAAUGAAGCGACGGUUUAGUCAGAUACAAUAUUAAGCAACUCGUUUUAAAACAAUUAUUUCACCAAGUGAUGUGCAAUUCGGUCAAUGUUGUCGCCCCCGUUGGCAGGGGGGACCGUCCUAGCGGAUAGUGGAUCGUCGAUCGUCGAUCGAUGCGUUGCGUUAGUCAGCGUGUGUUUUUUGCUUUUAACAAAGAAUAGCUUACACAGAAUAGCAGUACAGUUAGCUAGUUUUUACCGUACCUUCAUUUUGUCUGUAACACUUACCACUUACUUAUCUUACACUUUAAAAAACUUUAUUCAAUGACGGUGCUUUUGGCCCCAAAUUUUAUACUCACCAAGUCAAUACUCGUGUACUCCUCCGCAUUAGUUGUGUACUACUACUACUACUACUAUUACUACUAGUAAGCAGCUGCCUAGUAAGCCGUAAGGCUCUACAUCCAAUUAGGUCCAUUCUAUAUCAUCAUCGAUCUUACAAUGUCUUCCUCGUUCGAGAUGCAUGCGGCGGUGCAUCGUAUUAAGCUAGACACCCGGUGAAACCUGAAGAAGUGAUAAUGUUUUUUUGUUCUUGGUUUUUGGACGAAACAUUAAGAAGAAGAAACUACCCCAACAACCCCCUUUAACAGCGAACAAUCCGUACCGCACCGAUGUGAAGAACGCAUCGUUUCAUGAUACUCGGUUUCAAAUUGAAUUUAGGAAGAGAUGGCUAAGAGGCAGGUACAGGAUACCCUAGUUUUCAUACAUAGUGUCAUUUCUAAUGAUUAGGUAAAAGUAUACAAAGAAAGAGAGAGCAAACAAAAUUCUAGAAGAAACAUUGAAUAAGAAAACUGGAAGGCAUUGCUUUUAGUUUCCCCACCCCUUAAGUAGCUGUGUAUAUGUUUGUGAUGUGUGCGAUGCAAAUACCAAGGAUUGCAUCCAGUUUGUUUUGUUUCUGUGUCAUAACGUGUUCGUUUAACGGGUCAUACUCGUUCGUUUUUGUGCAAGGCGUUUUAUGGUUUGUGAUGAAACUGAUUGUAAUUUUACCUUUACACAAACAACCAUUUUGUUACUCGUAGUGUUAUAGCCAAAUUUUAAGCUAAAUUAUUGCCCAUGAGCAAAACAACAAAAAAAACGAAGGGAAAAAAUAAGGCAGCAACAUUUUAUCCUAAAACACUCUACCACUCGUAACGAUGUUGUACGUACAAUGGCAAACAUACGUAAAGACUUGAACUCUUUUUAGCGUUAUUUCCAUUUCCUUUUAGCCCAAUACUCAUUGCAUCUAAUAACUGUAAGGCUGUACGAUUGAGUGACUCUUAUUGUACCUACUACACAUACUUACAGUGUCGGACAAACCAAUAACAUCAUCCUACUAAGUGUCGUAGUAGGAGUCAUAGCCGAUUGCGCCUAAAUGCUGCUAGCCGAACCCUUUGGCCGAUCGGUAAAACAAGGAACGAUAAUCUGAUUUUUUUUAAAUCUCAUCAAUUGUUUCCUGGUAGCGUUCACCAGUGAGUGUUUCUACCGGCUUCAGAAGCUCGUAGUAGAUGACGCCGAGCUGGUCCCACCAGAUACUCAACCAUAACUUUCGUGCUAUGGUGAUGUUCGGCCGGGCUGAUGAUGUUGGGAUAUGAUUAUGAUUUUUUGCGCUUAGGAUUGCUGAACAAAAAAUCCACUUCUCGUCCCCCGUCACGAUCUUUCUGUUGUGCCGCUGGAUCAGCAAUUCAUGCAUGACGAGUCUGCGUUCAAUGUCCCCCGCGGCUUCAACUGGUGCGGUAUCCAUUUGCCCUCCUUCUGUAUCAUGCCUAACGCGUUCAGCCGUGAUGAGAUGGUCUGGCAAGUUACACCAAGCACGGCUGCAAGCUCUUCUUGCGUUUGGCAGUGAUUUUCCUCCAGUGAAGCCGUCAAUUCUUCGUCGGCGAACGUUUUGAGCUUUCCUUCACGUUGAGCAUCCUCCACCGCUUCGAAAGCGUCGAAACCAACCCCGACACCUUGUUUCGCUUAGAGCAGCAUAGCCGUAAACACUCGACAGCUGUUGAUGCGCUUUGGCUGCCGUUUUCUUCGUUCGAAACAAAAACACCUCCCUUAUAUGCAGGAGCUUCUUCUUCUUCUUCCUCCUUGGCACUACAACCUCGAAAGGUCUUAGCCUGCCAGUUCUGACUUUCUGGGACUUGAUUUGACCCAUAGUAAAGUAGUCAGCCCUACGUACGGGGGAGGCAGUCUGGAUCGGAUUUGAACCCUGGUCCUGCCGUGUGAAGACCGGCGCCGUUAUUGCCUCGGCCACCAGACCGCCAUAUGGCGCUUAACCAGCUCAAAAUCAGACAUUUUCAAGCACUACGAACAUUUGAUUUAUGAUGUUUGUAAUCGUCAAAAUCGCGCCACACUCCACAGUUGCUCCAUCGAUUUCAAAACGGCCGUUUGAUUUAUUUGCGGACCUAAUAACAAUUCGUUAUGGUUGAUCGUUCUGCUGUUAGUAGUAGUAGACACAAUUGCAUGAUCGGUAUGGUUCCUUUGGAAAGCGAUGUCUCUUAGUAGACGAGGCCAUAUGAGCGUCGCUAGGCGACGAGCAUAACUUCGCUUAGCUACAAGGACGGGGAAGCCAUUCAAUAAACAAAGCCUGUGGACGGUGAAGCACCUAUGGUGACUAGAUAUCUUAGUAGACGAAGUCACCAUGAGCUGAGGCUCAUUAGGCGGCGAAAUCUCUUGUGACAGCAAAGGGAAGAGCAUCUUAACUUACCAGACGAAGUUGUGCGAUUGUGAGUCCCAGACCGUACCUGUAUCCGUGGUGAGGACUGGCUAGAAUUGUUUUUUUUUUUUUUUUUUUUUAGAGAAAAGAUCUUCAAUGUGCGAGUGAGGAUCACAGUCAGAGCCUGUAGUUCUCGGCGCGUCUACCCAUAAACCCUGGGUUGUUAUAGUGUUUUGUCCGACACUGCUGUAUGUCCCGCAUGCGAUCUGCAGAACAAACAUGACGCAAAAGCAAGGAUUGAGAAGGUAAAUGGGGCACGAUCUCACGAUCCUUUCGGCAGUGAACAUACUUGUGUAAACAUCUUUAAAACAAAACCAAAAACCAAUCCUCUUUAUUGUCAAUUACUGGUGUUAUACACUUUAAAAAUCGAAACAAGCUUCGUUCGCCUAGGGACACUAGCUGCAUCCUAAUGAGUGAGAAUAUCUAAUAUUAUGUGAAACUAAACCAAACAAGCAUAACAAACACACAAAUCAUAAACAACUCGACGUUCGAUCCGAUUCGUGCGAUCGGUGUACUGAUAAAACGUGGUUUGCAAAACACGCGAGACGACGAUUCGAUUGCAGGGGCACGAUGUUUUUUUAUAAGGGUUGUCGUUUUGGUAGUUUCCGCAAUGUACUUUCUACUUACACUUAGCUAAAUGAAAUGACGACGACGACGAUGUGCUGACGGGUGCCGUGGUGCUAUGCACACCGGUCGUUAGACGAAAAACAAAAUCCUAAAACACCGGAAGGAGAAUAGGUUUUGAUGAUAAGAUUACAAUGUAUUAGUAUCCUACUGGCAGCUAUAAGAAACAACGCGAACAACGCACACACACGCACGCUGUGUACGCGUUUCGUUGGCAAAUGCUCUCGAUAUAGUUGUCUAAGCAGAAAAACAAACACAUAAUCCUACCAGUACCGCAACUAGUCUCGGCGUAGCGCCCUUUCCUGUUUUGUAUCUCAAUUAUUCAUGAAGUUACUUAAAAAGAAGCCAUAUUAUAUUGCAUACAUAUAUACCAAGAACUCCUUACUCUAUUGACCAACUGAAUUAACGUUAACGAAGGCGACACACUUACCACGUGAAAAAGAAAAGCAAUCUUUAUAUCGUUCACUUUAACUUCAUAGGAUCCUCGCGCUGGGCAAAUGGCUCAGGGCGCAGCCGAUUGUUUGUACUCCUUCUAAUAUACACACUUACAGAUACAUAUAUACGGUCGGUAGUCGUUUGUAUUUUCCCGUUUCGGUUGUGUUGUGCUUUGCGUGCCGAAGUUCAAAUGUUCAAAUUUUCGUACAAUAAAACAGUGAAGAAAAAAAACA